UGAGUUUCAAGUAAGAAAAUGAAAGGGGAGGGAAGGAAUUGUAUAGAUGAGUUGCUUCCCAAAAAGGAGACUUGUAAUCUACACACCAAUGGAUCCCAAUGCUGAGGCCAGACUUGCAGAAGUGGCAAAAGAACUGGGCAGAGGAAUUCAUAUAUUCACUAACUCGGCUUCUAUACCAUCUGAUGGGAACCUGACUUCUGUAUCAAAUAGUGAGGAGCAGGAUGAAUUCUAUGAAUUUACGGCUGAGGAUUACUACCGACUAUUGUCAACUAAGAAAGACAAACAGUUGAAGACCCGCAAAAUUCGUGAAGCCGAAGAGGCUAGCCGCAGGUCAAAAAUAUCAAAGGCAAUUAUGAGGGUCCACUUUCCUGAUAACUACAUAUUGGAAGCAGAAUUUCAUUCAUCUGAUAUCAUUUCAAGUUUAACGGACCUUCUCAAGAAAGUAAUUGCUCGUCCAGAUCUGCCAUUUUACAUAUACACCACUCCUCCGAAACAGAAAAUCAAUGAUCUCUCGAAGGAUUUCCACUCUGCGGGGUUUAUCCCUGGUGCUAUUGUAUACUUUUCUUAUGACUUGAUAAAUGGGGAAGAUGAAGGGAUCCUAAUAUCCGGGCCAUUUCUUCGCGAUGAUAUCAUGGCUUUGAAGGAUAUCCAUCUUAAAACUGUGCCCAUUGAAGAGGUAAUUAGAGCUGAACCAGACACUACUGUUCCUGUUGAAGUUGAAGCUCCAUCGAUGCCUGUUGAAGCUAAGCCUGCUACAAAAAAACCUGUCAAGCCCAGGUGGCUUAGAAUGUGAGAUUGCCAGCUUAACUUGGUAUCAGAAAUGUGCUAGAAUUGAUGAAGCUUUUGUUAACUAGUUUAUAUAUCAAGGAUCUGCUCAUGUCAACAUGGAUUCAAUCAUGGAAUGAUAAAAUAUUUUGUUUUAAAAAUGUAUCAUCAAGUUCAUAAUCUAGUUUGGCUUUAUCAUGAGUGCUAUAUUGUCAAACUCUACUUAAAUGGGCUGAAUGUUUGGCGCGUGUUGUAUUAGAUGUUUGAAGAGCAAUACUUGGCUUCACCUCAACAUUGUUGUUGCUUUGUAAUCAAAGUGGUUGAAAAUUGGGUUUA